AUGCUCGCCUGGCGUCGCUUCUAUUGGCACCCUAAGAGACCAAAAACCUCCGCUGACGUAUUUCAGGUAGAACAGAAACUAUGGGGUGUUCUUGCCGGAGACCGCGACUCAUACUGGCGCCGUCGCGCUGUCGAGUCGCAAGAAUCAACGACGGAGGAGCUUGUUCUUUACGCUCCGUUGGAUGGAAAGAGGAGAGAGAUCCGUCUUCUGGAAGUCUCAUGUCUGGCACAGUCUGAUGCAAAUGAACGGGCCUUUGUCGCACGACUAGUACAGGUCGCCCUGGACGACAAUCCAACAUAUCUCGCCAUCACCUACGCAUGGGGAGAGCCGUCGGCGGCCGGAUAUUUUCGUGAUUCGAACGGUGUCGAGACACCACUUGGCUACAAUAAGGCAACUUUUGAGAUCUUGAGCACACUUGUAGCUCCAGGGUGUAAACUGCAUCUGUGGAUCGACUCGAUUUGCAUCAAUCAGGAGGACCACGAUGAGAGAGCAAGUCAGGUCGCGAUCAUGGGCGACAUCUACAGACAGGCGCAACAGGUCGUUGUUUUUCUCGGAAUGGCAGACGAUGCAACAACCCGAGCGAUGGACUUGCUCCAGUUGACCCAAGGCUUCAUCCAGGCCAACGGCGAUUUCCUUCGACCCAUGAGCAUCGAUGACUUCGAGAAUUUGUCACGCGGAGCAGGCCUACCCCCCACAUCUUGGGUAGAUGUUGCGCAUCUUAUCUCCAGGCUGUGGUUCACUAGAGCCUGGGUCGUCCAGGAGGUCGCGGUCUCCUCGGACGUUCUGGUCGUGUGCGGUCACCACGCUGUGACAUGGAAAGAGCUUUGCCAGCUCUGUGGGUGGAUCGUGGAUAACAAUGGCAUCUUGUUCGGAGUAAUGGACCAUCACGCUGCAGCGAGCCAGAUGGCUCAUCGGGACGCUCCCUUUAGAAACGCUCUGAGCAUCGCCGCCGCUCGCAGUCUUCAGUGUACUGAGAAGAACCCGAUGAUCCUCCAACAGCUACUCCUUAGUUUUCGUGCCUUUCAGGCGAGUGAUCCUCGCGACAAGAUUUAUUCUCUGCUAGCCUUGGCACUGCCCACUGACAGAGAUGAGCCGGAUUUCCAUCCCAACUACAGAAUUGGAGUUGAAGACUUGUACACACAAGUGACACGGCGCAUUCUCCUUAGAGAUGCAGAGAUCCUGAUCCUCUCUGCGGCAGGUGUCGGCCAUCGGAGGUCCCUGCACCUCCCCUCUUGGGUGCCUGAUUGGACGUCACCCACAGAGGGAACGACCCUGGACGAGAUAGCAGCCGCUGGCAACUACCACGCAACGGAGCAAGGCACGAGGCCUAUAGUGUCCUACGACUCACAAAUACCGGGUAUGAUAGCCCUUAAUGGAUGUGUCGUCGACACCAUAGUAAAAAUGAGCUCCGAGUGCCUUGGGCAGGGACGCGAGGGACGCCUGCGCUAUGUGCAAGAUAUCAUCGCCUGGAUAGAAGAGGUCCUGGACAUGGCGGGGCUCGCUGAUUUCACCAGCUCAGACCAGCCAAAUGACAGCGAAGGCAGAGAGGCACAGAAGACGGCGCUCUGGAAGACCCUGACCGCCAGCGGGUCCACAGCACCACAGAAUGACAGCCGGAGACGAUCGCAGCAGCCAGGCGGGAGAAGGCCACCCACGGAGCGAGGCUUCGAUACUUGGCUCGCAGAGCGUCGCGAGUGCGCAGCGAAGUGGUCGCUAGAGGGAUUCAAUCUCGACAGGGCUGCGAGGGAGGAGGUUUCCGGGUUUGCUUAUCACUUUGCCCGUGCGACGCGGGGCCGGCGGUUCUUCGUGUCCUCAGAAGGGCACCUUGGGCUCGCAGCUGCCGGCGCGGAUGUUGGAGAUGCUGUUUGUGUAUUUCGUGGGAUACGCACGCCUUUUGCCAUUAGGCAGUCUGGGACGCGGGGUGUUGGUGAUGGCGAUGGCAGUAGCUCUGGUGAGGUGGAUUAUGUUCUUGUUAUCGAGGGGCAGAGCUGGCCAACCGAACCAGAAACGUUUAUCGACCGUAUGUGGCACGGUAAGGGGCAGAUUGCCUGCUUUCGCAUCAACGCCUUCUAUCUCUGA